AUGGCGACUGCCGCCCGUGACCCUAUCUCCGCUGCUGGCCUCGAUGAGGCGGAUGAGGCGGUCCGGGGUACCUGCGAGGACGCGUCCGUCUGCAAACGGUUUGCUGUAAGUGUUGGCUACUGGAAGGACCCUUACAUCCAGUAUUUUGUGAGACAAGCCAAAGAAAGAAAAGCACCUGAAAUUAACAGAGGCUACUAUGCUCGUGUUCAUGGAGUCAGUUACCUGAUCAAAGCUUUUCUAAAGAAGACAGAAUGCAACUGUCAGAUUGUCAAUCUUGGUGCUGGCAUGGACACCCUGUUCUGGAGGUUAAAGGAUGAAAAUCUUCUCCCUAAGAAAUAUUUUGAAGUGGAUUUUCCAAUGAUAGUUGCACGAAAAAUCCAUCACAUCAAAUCCAAACCUCCCCUGUCAAAACCAAUUAUGGAAUCCCAUUCAGGGGACUCUCUUCUAAUAGACUCCCACAGCCUGGACUCCAGUCGCUAUUCCAUAGUGGGAGCAGAUCUCCGUUUCUCCUCAGAUCUGGAGGACAAGCUAAAGAAACACAACCUGGAUGUGCAUUUGCCAACGCUGCUGGUGGCAGAGUGUGUGCUGGUUUACAUGACACCACAGCAGUCUGCAGAGCUUCUCAAGUGGGCAGCAAGCACUUUUCCAGUGGUGAUGUUCAUCAAUUACGAGCAGGUGAACAUGAUGGACCGCUUCGGACAGAUCAUGAUUGAGAACUUGCAGAGAAGACAGUGUAACCUGGCUGGAGUGGAAGUCUGCAGGUCCUUGGACUCUCAGCGGGAGCGCUUGCUGCGGAGCGGCUGGGAGACCGCGCGUGCCAUCGACAUGAUGAAAGUGUACAGCUCUCUGCCCCAGGCUGAUGUCAAAAGAAUAGAAGGCCUCGAAUUCCUCGACGAGAAGGAGCUGUUUGAGCAGCUAAUGCAGCACUACUGCAUCUGCUGGGCUUCCAAGGACAGCAGCAACCUGGGCCUUGCAAACAUCACGUUCUGAGGAGUGUGCUGGAGGUGAAGCCCUGG